AAGAUGCUUAUGAAUAUACGAAAAAUUCACCGUCUUGAUAUCUCAGAAAAAUGGCAGGUUUCCGAAUUCGUAAUUUUGUGCUGCCACCAAAUUUACUUCGUCUCAUCGAAGUUCUUUUGAGUGUAAUAGCCGUGUGUUUGGUGACUGGCUGGCGAAGCGAGGGAUUUUCCUACAAUGAUCUCAACCGAAGUGACUUCAAUGUUCUCCACAACCUACAGUACUUUGUUGGCAUGUCAACGCUGACAUUUCUCAGUGUGGCAGUCCUCUGCCUCAUUGUCCUCAUCAAACCAGUUUACCUGUCACCCCUUGUUGAUAUGAUCCUGAAUGCUGCAUUGAGCCUCCUCCUCUUCAUCGCAGCCAUAGUCCUGUGCGUGUCCAUCACCCACCUAGGGGAGUCAACUGCUGUCAAGGAGGCCGACCUCACCUUCUCCAGUCUCGAGGGGGCUGUGGCUCUUGGCUUUAUUUGUGCCCUAGCUCUAGGAGGAAGUGGCUGGUUUGCCUUCCAGACCCACCGCAGACGGAGUGACCUCCCCUUGAACCAGACCCACACCAAUGCAGACUUACCUGGGGACAUUCCAACAUGAAAACAUCAAGUUCCAAAUGGCGUGGUUGUGAAGAGAUUCUAUUUUGUUGACUUGUGUAAUUUAUACUAAUGGUCUGAGUGAUGGCAACGCUGUGUGACUGACAUUUCUUUCUGUGAUUCUUGUUUUGGUUCCUCUGCCUUCUACACAGGGGAUGAACUUUGUCAUAUUAUCAUGCCAUUAUCUCUGUAACAUGCUCAGCCAUGGUAACAAACUCCCCAUACUCUGUACAUACCUAGUUGUCGUGAGUUGAUGCUUAUGACAAACAUUUACCAAUAUAAGGGAUUUAUCUAGACCUGAAACUGAUAUUUGUCCCAAGUCUGCAGCAAAUGUCAGUAAAAAGUCACAAAUUAGAAUUAAACAUGUCUCCAUUCAUAGUGUUAUUGUCAUAACUAAUUUAUGGCUUUGUAGCGGUGGCUUGUAAUACAUUGAUAACACGACCAAUAUAAUGGAAGGGGCUUUGAUGCUUAGUUUAACAUUAUUGCAUUGAAUGGAAUGUUACAAUUAAGUGUUAAAUUACUCUGAAUUUAUGAAAAUAGGAACUUAUUUGAAAAAAAUAAUUGAUUUUGUUUCCAGAUUUGUGUGUCAAGCGCACUUAGUUUUGAAUCCUAGAUAAAUCCCUGAAUAUACUGUCAUACUGAUUAUAUUUUGGUGAACUGAUGGUAGUCAGUUGUCAAUGAAACUAGUGCCUCAAGCUUGAUAUAGAUCAAAGUGCAAAGAGAGUGGUUAGUGCUUAUUUGGCUAUGUAUCCUAUUUGCACUAUUUAAUCAUUCCAUAUGAGAACACAAAUAUUACACACGAGAACACAAAUAUUACACUGUUACUACUGGUUCACUUUAGGGACCAACCAUUUAAUUAGCAGGAAUGCAGGAAAAAAUAAGUUUGCAUGAGAUUUACACAUAGUAAACUUGUUCACAGGACAUACUGGGUGUUUUGAAAUUGGGUUUGUGGUUUUGUAAAAAUUGACAAAGGUAAGCGCUUAUUGAAGCAGCAUGCUUAAUACAGUGAAUAUAGUAUGCAUGAAAUCAUCUUAUUGCUACUUGAGAAUAUAUGGAUCAUGAUAUGGAAUACUGGGUGAUAUGAAAUUGUUUUUGUUUUUUGUUUGUUUGUUGUUCUCAAUGUCUUUAGGCAGUGACAAAAAAAUAUUAUGUCUCCUACAAAAAUGAAAUGACCAUGUAAAGAGUUUUUUUUAUAGGCAUUGACAGUUUCUAGGUUUGUCAGCACCACACCUGUGCUCGUGGGUUUCACCGAAGUGGUAAGCGUCUGAGACCUGCAUCACUUCAGGCUUUCCUCCCAUAUUAAGCUGUCAUGCCGCGAUAUAACUUGAAUACUGUUAAAAGCAGCGUUAAACCCAACGCACUCACUAAUAGUCACGCCAGCUCCUUGUUGGUCAUAUGCAGAGUAUAUUGACCUGUUAGUGUUAUGUGUUUAUAUGUAAUUACAAGAUGUACAGGCAAUAGAGAUGUAAUCAAAAGCAGUGACAGUGCUUGUAUGUUAUCAGUAUAGGACAUUUGUUCAGUGAACCUCAUACCACUGCAUGUUAAUUACUGGAUGUGUCACAAUAUGCCUACCUCAUAUAUCGAUAGGUAUCACGAUGCUUAAAUCAUGAUACAAUAUGUGUCAUUAUUUUCUACUCAAAACAAGUUAAAGGACAUCCACAAUUGGAAGGCAAUACCCACCAGCCAUGACAGAUUACCUUUGGUCAUAUGAAAAAAUCAUGUGUUCUUUAACCUCUUUUGAGUAGUAUACAUAAUUUGUGGUGUUCUUCCAUUUCAUUCUUAGGUUGACAAUAUGCUGUGCUAUCAACCAAGAAUUUUGGCUUGUUCUACAUGUAAUAACAAUUUGCAGUCAGAUAUAGCAUGAUAAAGUUACACUUGCCUUAGUGGUCAGGCACGUUUUUUUACAACACUUUGUAAAUAUUCCUUUUUGAAAAUUGAUACAUGGUUAGGCAUAUUGUGUAUCGUAUCAUCAGGUGAGAAUUUGUGAUGCUUCGAUGCAUCAGUUAAUUGUGAAGCCCCUAUGAGUUAAAGUAACGAUGAAUCAUUUCUUGUUUUCUUACUCAAAGUAAAGCAAGUUUUGUCAUCAGCAUUUUGUUAUCAGUAAUUGUAUAAUUAGGUUUUGAUUCAAAUUUAUUUAAAAUGUCUGUGUAAAAGAAAUCAUUCUAACACAUGUCUGUUGGGAAGAGAAAUAGUUACCUUUGAGAAAAUUCUUUCAGAUCUCAUAAUGAUUUCGAGUUGAUCGAUUAUAUAAUUAUUAUUGUUUUUCUGAUUUGUUUUAAAUUUGUUUUGCUUCGAGGGCAGUUAACCCUGAUGUAUAUCUUGGACUUGACAUGUGUAAUUGUUCAUGUUUGUUAAGGGGUUGAGGGUUGAGGGUCCUACUGAAGUGGAUGUGUAAGAUGUAACAAAAAGGUUUUUCAUUAUAUUUUCAAUAAAUGGACAUUCCAUUCUGAUGUACAAGUUUUUAAGGGUCCAUUGAAACAAUGUCAGUUUCAGGCUACCAGACCCUGGUUUCAGUCUUUGCAUUUGUCAUGUUAGUAGACAGGGAGAUUUAUGUUUCAGUAGACAUCCAUUAAUGUUUUAGACAUGGCCUCUCGCUAGUCAGAACCUGGAAGGACUACAUUUCCUUAAAAACAAAAACUAGUUAUUUUUGUAUAUUCCACUGGUCUGAAUUGAGGUGUGAACUUGAUCAAUUUAUCUCAUUGUGUCUACCCCUGAGAACCAUUUGGUUCCAGUUUCAAAGAAAGUUUUAAAGGAGCCUGCUUUGAAUGAGAAACAUUGGGCUGAAUCGAAUUUGCUUUGUUAAUGAAUUAUUAAUACAUAGUAAUGUCCCUUGUGUAUAUGUAGAUGAUCCAAGCAGUAAUUGUGUGAAGGGCAGGUUUCCAGACUCUCAGUGUCUGGACUAUCACUAGUUACAUUGUAACAGGUCUGUACUGUACGUAACACUGCUAUCAAGCCGGGAUAUAGGGUUGCUCAUUCUGUUCCAACAUAAUUUCCAUGCUGAUGACAAUUUGGUAUAUUAUUUGUUGCUUAUGCUUAUCAGGAUUAUUAAAAACAGAAGUCAGGUUAAGAUGUCAUCACGCCUAUGAUCCUCGGACAGUUGGACUCCAACAACAGAAAAAACAUUCUCCAUGAUGUAAAUGAUGUUAUACGAAGUCUAAGUGAAGGGAAGUUUUGGUUUCCUUUUAAUAUGUUAUUGCAUGGAUAAUUCUUACAUACACAUUUGUGAGUGUAUCACCUGUACUGUAUUUGAAUGUAAUAUUUGCUCUGAAUUUUCAUCAUAAGUAAUAGAGUCAGUAGGGUAGCCUAGUGGUUAAGGACUUCGCUCAUCAAGGCAAAGGCUCAUGCUUGAAUCCUAGCAUAGGUAAAAUGCAUGAAGCCCAUUUCUGGUGGCCCCAGAUGACAUAUUGCUGGGAUGCUGCUAAAAGAAGCAAAAGACAGUACUCACUCCGAGAUAAUGUGUUGAAUAACAAGAUAACAUUAUAGCCCUUCUCUAGCCUAGGAGCAACUUCUGUCAUUGUCUUACGUCCCUUGGGCAUGCCAGGAUCCUGUGAUCAUGGGUUUGAAUUCCAGAUUUGCCCUGAUUAAGAUCACUGGAUUGUAUGCACCAUGCCCGAGCUCAUGGUAAAAGCGGCGUAAAACCAAACUCAGUCACUCACUCACUUCCUUCUGUUUAGCUGACGUGCAGGGAUAUACUUGAAACUCAUUUUUUGGGCAGAUGGGAUAUGUCCAUUUGGACUACAUAGUUGCUUUUGGGGAUGUGUCAUGUUGUUUUCUGCCUAGUAUGUAAUGAACAUGCAUUCAGCUGGAAACUACCUUUGCCCAAUGCUUGUGUUGUGUGAGUAAUCUGUUCUUAAGAAACUAUAGUCACUCAAGUCACUGUGAUCAGUUGGGAAGAACUUUAUAUAGCAUGAAAGUGAGUCUCUUAAUAUAUGAUAGUGUACCAUUCGAUCACUUUUCUUUCUCUGCAAUCAUGUUGAGUGGUCUUGAGGUAGAGCUAGGAUCUUCUGGUCAUUGGUUUGAAGCCCAGCUUCACCAAAUUAUUGUCAUCCUUGGUUGGUCAGCACCUCCAAUUAACAAUAUAAUCUGUGCUACUUGUGGCUUUCAUCAUACUUUAAGCUGACACAUGGUGAUAGAACACUGUUCUAGGGGGAAUUUGUCCACUCACUUCAACUCAAUCAUGUUGACAGUUCAAGUUAAGCUUGGCUGGUCACACCAAGACCUGGUUUGAUUCCCCACAAGGGUACAAUGUGUGUAGCCCACUUCUAGUGUCCCCCUGCUCUGAUAUUGCAGGCUAAACGCAGCAUGAAACCAUACCCGCUCAAAUUAGAGAACACAAAGAAGGCCCAAAUCUUCCAACUCUGCUUGGAUUCCUACCGAUCUAGUCAAUGUAUUCCAGAAAGGUAGGUGUGAGAUAGGGAUCAUGAUGUCACAGAAGCAGAAGGUUUAAGCGUCCAUACAUCAAGCAUUAGACUUCUUGUUUUUAGUUGUUUCCACUUCUAUUCAGAUACUGUUUAUCGACAUGUGUUCAUUUCAGUCAGUUUGUGACAGUUUCUAUGUAUGUUUGUAUUUAUGUAGGUAUACAUGAAUAAAUUUUUAGUAAAAUGUCA